UCUGGAAAAGCUGACAAAUUCAAAAUUUCAAACUUUGUUGUUGUUGUUUUAGUUGCAUUGUUACUGGUCAUUUCGGAUUCUGUGUUUAACUAAAGAUCAGAUCAAGUUAAAUGUUAUCUGAAUAAAUUUAUUUGUGUCGCAGGCAAAAGUUUAUUUCUGAGCAAGUGUUUCUUUGUAGAUUGGUGUUUUUUUAAUAGUUAAAGCCUCACAAUGAGUGGUUAUAGACAAAAAAACUACAUUACCGCCAAAUCUUCCAACUCUGCUCCAACGGAUAAAAUUGAUUCAACCGAUCCCUGUUUAUUACCUUUGGCUGCUCGUCGAGCUCUUUUUGAAAAAAAUUUUACUCGCCCAGCUGUUAAAAACAAUAACAUUGAAACAGUUCUUCAUGGUCUCAACCAAAAAACAAAAGAAAGAAAUAAGUUUCUCGACCAAAAUAAUUUGGCUAGUGAAACUCCCAUCGGUUCAUCUAUCGGUUCAUCUAUUGGUUCGACUAAAAGAAACAAUGACAUCGAAGAAAAUUUACAGGAUCUCACCCAAAGAACAAAAGACAGAAAUGAUUUUCUCGAGCAAAAUUAUUUGGCUAGUGAAAUUCCCAUCGGUUCAUCUAUCGGUUCGAAUAUAAGAAACAGUAACAUUGAAGUAGAUCUACAGGGUUUCACUCAAACAACAAAAGAAAGAAAUGAGUUUCUCGAGCAAAAUGAUUUGGCCAGUAAAUCUCCAAUCGGUUCAACUAUUAGAAACAAUAACAUUGAAGAAGAUCUACAGGGUCUCAUCCAAAGAACAAGAGAAAGAAAUAAGUUUCUUGAGCAAAUGAAUUUGACUAUUGAACCUCCCAUGAGUUCAACUAUCGGUUCAACUUCUAGAAACAUUGACAGUAAAGAAGCUCUUGCAGCCUUUAAAGAAAUUGAAAAGAAUCGAUCGAAAGCUGAUAUCAGUGUUUUGAAUAUCACUAAAGAGAAAGAUAACCUGCCUGAGCAUGAGAAUGUUAAUCAUGCAGAGACUUCUGAAGAUGAUCUCAGCGAUUUAAAUAUUUACAAAGAGAAAGAUAUCCUGUCUGAAGAUAAGAAUGUCGAACAUGUAGAAACAUAUUCCAAUGAUUCUAUUAUUUUGAAUAAAGCAGAUAUAUCAUCAACCGAUGAGGAAAACUGCAACCAGGAUUAUAAAAACAAUCUUAAUUAUUCUUCUGAAACCGAUGAGAAAAAUUCAUCAUUCAGUGACAAAAAUUUCGAUCUUCAAGAGCGAAAUUGCCCUCAAGAAAGUGAUGCCAACGGUUCAAUCGGCAGCGAUACAUCAUCUCUUCUUUCGAGUGUUGAUGAAAACAACACUGUUAUAAGUCAGUCAACAAAAAUAUACCCAGAACUACCUCAGUUCGACGAAAUAGUUUAUAAAACCUGUUCGGAAAAAGUUGAAGAACCUUUGAAAAGUAUCAUCUCGCCCAUCAAAAUCUGCGAUUAUCCUACAGUAGUGGUAUCUCCUAAAAAGAAUGUUCAAAAUGACCCUGUGAAACCCAAAUCAUCCCAAGCAACCACUCCUUUGAGGACUCUAAGCAUGUAUCGAAGAGAACAGAAGAUUCAGCAAACACUCACAAAACCUGCCGAUGAUGAAGAUGAGAUAACCACCGACUUAGAAAAUGAAGCUCUCAAACGUGAUCUUCUGAAAAAGUAUCAUGAAGAGAAAUCUAAAAAGAUUGAAAACCUUAGAAUCGAAGCGGAUAAAUUGAACAAAAUCAUUUAUCAAAGUUUUCGUGCAUUGGAUCACUGUGUUCAAAUCAAGAACAUUUCAGAGCGCAUCGAAGCUGAGAAAAUUCUUCUUACCAACAUGGUUAAAAAAAAUGCCUGUGUUGAUGAGCUGUAUAGAUUACAGAAGGAAGAAAAUUUCGAUAUCACAGACGAUCCAAUUGGAACAGUAACUUUCAACAAACUCAUGCUUUUAGUCAAAGGAAACUUUUUUGUUUCUCAAGUCAGUGGAACCGAUCUAUGUGAAUAUCACUUUAUUUGUCUUUUCACUUGUGGUGAGAAAGUUUUUUCAACUGACGCUCUAUCUUCCACCCAUACUAUACAAGAAGCAUCUCUCAGUUUCAAGAAUAAGAUAGAAUUCGAUAAAUUAAGGAAAGAUUUUCGCAUUCGUCUGACCGUUUAUGCUUUGGCUUUACCUAAGGGAAAAAGAAAUCAUGAUAAAAAAAAUAUUCGCCUGACUCCGAAACACAAAUCUAAAGUUAAAUAUACACAUUCACCAGCGUUGAAAGCAUCACCUAAAAGUGAGAAAAUUAAAUGUAAUUUCAAAAAAAUGGGACAGGUCGAUUUCACUCGUGAUAACAUCAUGAGAAGUCGUUUUUCAUUGGAAAACUUUAUGUAUGAAUCACCUUUAGAAGAUCAAAUUAUGGUUGAUCUGGUGAUUAGAGGCCAGUAUAACAUUAAGUUUUCUAGCUAUUUGAAUUUCCAUGAGACAUCAGGAGACUAUCCUGUUUGGAACCGUCGAUGGUGCGUCCUAAAUGGCUCAUCUAUCUAUUUUUGGCGAUUUUCGGAGGAUGAAGGAGACAAACAACCAAUGGGUGUGAUAAAUUUGAAACAUUGUGUCAAUCCAAGAAUCAGCAAAGCCACUGCAGAUAUAAGCAUGAGACCGAAUUCUUUUUCUUUUCUCACUCUUGAAAGACAAAAUAAUUCUUUUAUUCCUACGAAACAUUUAAUGGCUGCAGACAUUCGUAAAGAAAGAGAUGGUUGGCUCGAAAAUUUGAACAAAGCUUUAGAAAUGAUCAGACUCUGGGAGCCAGAUUGUCUUCAGCCCAUGGAUCAAGCUUCUUUGGAUAGACUCUUGAAAUGAACUUCGUAUGUUAAUUUCAUUACUUUUCAUUAAUUUUAAAACGAAAAUCGCAACUUACAAAAUCUAUCGUUUAUUAUUCCAUUUUGAUUAAUUGAAGAAUUUUUGUUCGAAUUAUUAUAUGCAAAAUUUUUUAUGCUUUGUAAAUCUACGCUCUAAAAUGUAUUCCUUACAUAUUCGUGUAUUCGUAUAAACUUUUGAAUUUUCAUGACUUAA